AUGCAUAAAAAAAUAGACUACUAUCUGAUAAAACAACAGAAGGGUGAGGUUCAGAAAAGUGUGGAGAGGACAGAUGGUGUGCUGGAGAAGGGUGAGUUUGAGAAAAGUGUGGAGAGGACAGGUGGUGUGGUGGAAAAGGGUGAGAUUGAGAAAAGUGUGGAGAGGACAGGUGGUGUGCUGGAGAAGGGUGAGAUUGAGAAAAGUGUGGAGAGGACAGGUGGUGUGGUGGAGAAGGGUAAGAUUGAGAAAAGUGUGGAGAGGACAGUUGGUGUGGUGGAGAAGGGUGGUGUGGUGGAGAAGGGUAAGAUUGAGAAAAGUGUGGAGAGGACAGUUGGUGCGCUGGAGAAGGGUGAGACUGGGAAAAGUAUGGAGAGGACAGGUGGUGCGCUGGAGAGGGGUGAGAUUGAGAAAAGUGAGAGUGACAUUUUGCUAUCCGUUCCAGAUGAUACAGAAGAGUGUAUAUGA